CAGUUUUAGUUUACUUUUCCUUGCACCCAAAAGCUUGCUACUUCUCUUGUUCAACCUUCCCACAAACACUGCAUGCGUCUUUGACCACACCAAGUUCUUCAAUUUCCAAUUUUCCUGGUCACCCUCUAUUCCUCUUCCUCCCUAGCUGUACUUUCUGUUGAAGGGUAUCUCUAUUUAUAGAGUUCCAUUGUCUUUUGAGGCAAUUUUGAACCUUUGGUUUGUGUGUUCUUGAAGAGGUUUUCUGUGGAGAUUGGAAUAGUGAGAGAGGAUGGUGGGUGCUCUGUCUGUUGUGGGAUCAUCAGUGGUGGAAUCUCACACUGGUCCUUGUUUGUGUGUGGAUGCUCUUCCCACAACAACUAGUGUCAAUCUGAAGAGUGGUGGAGAUGUUGUUCUGUGCAAGAAUUUGAUGGGAAGGAAGCACUUGACGAAGCAUGGUGGAGGAACCAUGAAAUUGAGCAGUUCUUUCAUUGAUCCUGGAAGAGAGUGGAGACUCUUUGUUAGCAGAAGUUGCAAGAGGCAGCGUAAGGAUAGGAGCGUCGCCAUUGUCAACGAGCUUGGAGGCCAAUACGAAGAAGGUUUUGAAGAUGUUAAAACGCAAAUGCUCAACUAUUUCACAUACAAGGCUGUGAGGACUGUUCUUCAUCAGUUGUAUGAGAUGAACCCUCCUAAAUAUACGUGGUUCUACAAUUUUGUUGCAUCAAACAAACCAAGAGAUGGAAAACGCUUUAUUCGAUCCCUUGGGAAGGAGCAACAAGAGCUUGCGGAAAGAGUGAUGCUAACUCGGCUUCACCUUUAUAGUAAAUGGGUCAAGAAAUGUGACCAUGCAGAGAUAUACAAGGAAAUCUCUGAUGAAAACUUGGAGUUAAUGAGGGAACGGCUGAUGGAGACAGUAAUAUGGCCCUCAGAUGACACAAACAGUGAAAAAAUUGGCUGAUAAUUCUUCUCACUUUUUAGUUUCUGUCUUGAGCCUCUUCCUAGUCUAGGUAUAUUUUUUUGUUUCAACAUCAAUCUGUUUUGCUUCCAAAAUUGUUAUUUCUGUCGUUUUCCUUUAAUAGGAUUCUCAGUUUUACGUUAUGUAAAUUAUGUAUAUAAUUGCACCUCGUUAAAUACACAGUCCAUUAUA